AGCAGUAGAAGCUGAUUAAAGCACUUCCUCUCAGGUGACGCAGCGGCUUGUGACGGUGAGCCGCGCGGGCCGAUAUGGACUUACGCCAGCUCAUUUGUUUGGUUUUUCUGGCGAGUCUGAGAUAUUCCCAAGGUCAGACUUUGGGAUGCCAUCAGGGCCAGUGGCAGUGUGAUGAUGGAAACUGUAUCCCCGAUGUCUGGAGAUGUGACGGAGGUGGAGACUGCCUGGAUGGAUCAGAUGAAAUGGGUUGCACUGCACUCCCAGGCUCUCCUGAAUGUCCGCUGGGACAGUUUCCUUGUGUGGACUCUGUUGGCUGUGUUGAUGCAUCGGCCCGCUGUGACGGAAAAAGACAGUGUCCCACCGGCUCUGAUGAGGAGAACUGUGCAGCAACAGAGGGCUGUUUGGACUCUGACUGGACCUGUCGGAACCACAUCUGCAUCCCCAAAGAGCUGCACUGCAAUGGACUGAAUGACUGCAUGGACAACUCUGAUGAAGAGAACUGUGGUCUGUGUGUUGCGGAUGGCAUCCGGUGUCCUGAUGGGACGUGUCUGACUGCUGAACAGAGGUGUGAUGGGACGGUUCACUGCUCAGAUGGAAGUGAUGAGCCACUAACCUGCGGUCGUAUUUGCUCCAUGAACAACGGCGGCUGUAGCCACGUGUGUGUUGAUGAACCCUGGGGAGCUCUGUGUGCCUGUCCUGUUGGAUAUAAACUCUCUCCCAAUGGAGCCGUCUGCAACGAUUUGGAUGAAUGUGCCCCUCCUUUUGCCCCAUGUAUGCAUCACUGCACUAACACCGUCGGAUCCUACUAUUGCCACUGCAGAGAAGGCUUCAAACUAAGUGGAGGCUCCACAUGUCUAGCUACAGGUAACACUACCAGACUGCUAACAGUGCAGAGGAGAUCUAUCGGGCUGCUGAAUGUGAAGACUCAACAGUUUGAAGUUAUCCACACUCCAGUGCCCGACCCAGUGGCCUUGACUUUUGACGUUGCCCGAGGCUGGUACUACUGGGCUGACAACCAUGGCAGCAUUAUCAAAAGUGAUGGACGGAACAGCUGGACAAUCUACACUGGGGAACCUGGAAUCAAGGGUCUAGCUUGUGAUUGGCUGAAUGGCAACCUGUUCUGGACCAAUCUGAAGACAGAGUCGAUCUACAUGCAGGGAGCUGAUGGCAAAAGUUACACGACAGUGCUGAGCAAACACAUCCGCCCAUCAGAGUUGGUGCUUGUGCCUGUGGAGAGCUUGAUGUUCUGGAUCAAUGCUGGCCAAGGUGACAGAGUGACGAUAGAGAAGUCAUGGAUGGAUGGGUCGGAGAGAAGCCCUCUGAUUGUGCUCACUGCUCAGUCGGCCCACAGCCUCACUGCUGAUGUGGCUGCCAGGAGGCUUUACUGGAUCAGCGACCUCAAGAAAUCUAUAGAGACGGUGAAGAUGGACGGGACCGGUCGUUACUCCUUCACAGGACUGUUCAACAGGAGACCGGCUCUCGGCCUGGCUGUGUUUGAAAGUUCGUUCUACUGGGUGGACGACAAAGGACUGUGGCAGGUUCCCCAGAACACACCAAACCAGAAGCAAUUUCUCUGGAAAGCCGCACUGCCGAUAUUGGCUGUUUACCACGAGCUACAGCAGCCUCAAGGUUCUUCUGCAUGUACAAAGAGUCUGUGUCACCUCUGCCAGCUAACUAAAGGCAACCCUGUCGGAUUCACCUGCUCUUGUCCAAACUCCAAAGUAUUGCUGCUUGAUGGGACAUGUGAAUAUCCAAGGUUUAUAUACGCUACCAUCAGCAACAUCAACCUGCUGGAGUUUAAAGGCAGAGAGUCCACAAAAGUCCAGCUGUUUUCCACUGAAGACGGCAUCCUGUCAUUUGAUCUGGACUGGUACAGAGACUGGCUGUACUGGGCUAACCAAACUGGGCACAUCCAACGCACCAGUCUAACUCAGGUCAAGACUGAGGUGGUCCCUACGCCUUUGCCAGUUUGUCUGAUAAAAGUAGACCAGAGGAGAGGGAACAUUUAUUGGGUGUCAUGUGAGCAAAACAGCAUUGGCACCACUACAGCCGGCGGCCGAUACCCACAGCAGCUGUACCACACAACAAAGGAGAUUCGAGACCUGUAUCUGGACUGGCUGAGGGGUGGCAUCCUCUGGCUGGAGGAAGACCGAGUCCUCAGCAUGAGCAUGAUGGGAGGCAAAGCCAAAGAGCUGCUGCAGUUAGCAGGAGGAGUCACGGGGAACAUCGCCUUCGACCUCAGGGCAAAUAGUCUGCUCUGGAACUCAAAAGGAGCAGGUCUGACAACGAUGAGUUUGCUGCAGGAAAAGAGCCAUCGAGCUGGUAGAAGAUGGAACAUUUCGGGCUCAGUCGUAGCUGCAUUUGAGCCCUUCCUGUUGACCCUCUCUGAUGAUGUGAUGAGACUGUGGGACCGGCGUGAUGGGAGCUUCAUACGAGAGAUGAUUGUGAGAGAUCAUGUGUUCAGUGUGAUCGCUGCAAUGAUGGACAUUCCUAUAGUGCCCGAUACUCCAGUCUGCAAUGAGCCCUCUAUGCUGUGCCGACACACAUCAGUCUGCAUUUCACAAGCCCAGCUGUGUGACGGUAAAAAGGACUGUCCUGAUGGAGAUGAUGAGGAUGCUUGUGUAACGACAUGUCCAUCUAAAGAUGAUUUCAAGUGCAAGGACUCAAGGAGUUGUAUCUCAAGGAGUCUGGUAUGUGACGGUCGUUCUCAUUGUCGCGAUGGAUCAGAUGAGGAUGAUUGUCCGACCACAGGUUCUCCUACAGCUCGGGCAAACGUCCUGAAGUGUCGCACAGGCUCGAAGCCAUGCAAAGACGGCACAGAGUGUGUUCUAUACGGCCACGUGUGUGAUGGGGAAAGGGACUGUCAGGAUGGAUCAGAUGAGGAUGAUUGUCCGACCACAGGUUCUCCUACAGCUCAGGCUAACACCCUAGAGUGCCGAACAGGCUCAAAGCCAUGUAAAGACGGCACUGAGUGUGUUUUAUACAGCCAUGUGUGUGACGGGGAAAGGGACUGUCGGGAUGGAUCAGAUGAGGUCGACUGUCGAACUGUAGCUUCUCCUGCAGCUCGGGUGAGCAUCCUGAAGUGUCGCACAGGCUCGAAGCUGUGUAAAGACGGUACUGAGUGUGUUUUAUACAGCCAUGUGUGUGAUGGAGAAAAGGACUGUCGUGAUGGAUCAGAUGAAGAAGGAUGUGAUGCCACAGAAGAGACCAUGACUCCAACAAAACCAAACAAAAUGCCACCUGCCAACAAACCACCUGCUCCAACUGUGCCGGCCUGCAGCAGCCCGUCUGUGCUCUGCCCCAAUUCUGCUGCUCACCUCUGCAUUUCUCCAAGCCAGUUUUGCAACGGGCGUAAAGAUUGUCCCGAUGGCUUUGAUGAGCGGAACUGCGUCAAAAGAUGCCCCUCUAAAAAUGACUUCCGCUGCAAAGACCGUAGGAGCUGCAUUUCCAAAGAUCUGGUUUGUGACGGCCGCUCUCAUUGCCACGAUGGCUCAGAUGAGGUCAACUGUCCAAGUGCAAGUCCUCCUGCAGCUCGAGUUAACGUCAUAAAGUGUCGUAUGGGCUCCAAAAUGUGUCGAGAUGGGACAGAAUGUGUUCUCUUCAGUCACGUUUGUGACAGAGAGAGAGACUGCCGAGAUGGAUCAGAUGAAGAAGGAUGUGAAAAUCUCCACUUAAAUGAAUCUCCUGCACCAGUGGAGCCAUCUACUCAGCCUCCCACCAAGCCGUCCUGCACCAGCCCUUCAUUUCUGUGCCCAGAUUCUUCUUUAUGCAUCAAGCCAACACAGAUAUGUGAUGGGAAGAGAGACUGCCCUGAUGGAUCUGAUGAGAACUGUGUGAAGAGAUGCCCUGACAAGACUGACUUCCGCUGCAAAGACCGCAGGAGCUGCAUCUCAAAGAGUCUGGUUUGUGACGGUCGCUCUCACUGCCACGAUGGCUCAGAUGAGGUCAACUGUGCAAGGGUAGCUCCCCCAGCAGCUCAAGCCAACGUCCUGAAGUGUCGUAUGGGCUCCAGACUGUGUAAAGAUGGGACAGAGUGUGUUCUCUUCAGUCAUGUUUGUGACGGAGAGAGAGACUGCCGGGACGGGUCAGAUGAAGAAGGAUGUGAUGCUGCAGAGGAUGCUCCUAUCACUGCUACAGAAAAUGUCAGCUUAAAUAAAUCCCCUUCACCUGUCACACCCUUAACUGAGCCUCCCUCCAAGCCGUCCUGCACCAGCCUUUCAUUUCAGUGCCCAGGCUCUUCUUUUUGCAUUAGACCAACACAGAUAUGUGAUGGAAUGAGAGACUGCCCCGAUGGCUCUGAUGAGAACUGCGUGAAAAGAUGCCCUUACAGAACUGAUUUUCUAUGCAAGGACCGCAGGAGCUGCGUCUCAAAGAGCCUGGUUUGUGACGGUCGCUCUCACUGCCACGAUGGCUCAGAUGAGGUCAACUGUCCGAGCGCAGCUGCCCCAGCAGCUCGAGCAAACGCCCUGAAGUGUCGCAUGGGCUCCAGACUGUGUAAAGAUGGGACAGAGUGUGUUCUCUUCAGUCAUGUUUGUGACGGAGAGAGAGACUGCAGAGAUGGAUCAGAUGAAGAAGGAUGUGAUGCUGCACACACUGGCUCUACCAUUCUUGCAGAAAAUCUCCACUCAAAUGAAUCUCCUGCACCAGUGGAGCCAUCUACUCAGCCUCCCACCAAGCCGUCCUGCAGCAGCCUUUCAUUUCUGUGUCCUGGUUCUUCUUUAUGCAUCAAACCAACACAGAUAUGUGAUGGGAAGAGAGACUGCCCUGAUGGAUCUGAUGAGAACUGUGUGAAGAGAUGCCCUGACAGAACUGACUUCCGCUGCAAAGACCGCAGGAGCUGCGUCUCAAAGAGCCUGGUUUGUGACGGCCGCUCUCACUGCCACGAUGGCUCAGAUGAGGUCAACUGUCCGAGCGUUGCUCCGCCUGCAGCUCCAGCAAAUGUCUUGAAGUGCCGUGUGGGCGCAAAGCCGUGUAAUGACGGCACAGAGUGUGUUUUAUACAGCCACGUAUGUGACGGAGAGAGAGACUGCAGAGAUGGAUCGGAUGAACAGGGAUGCCCAGACACCUGCAAACAAGGUGAGUUUCAGUGCUCCCAUGGGAACAUGUGCAUCUCUGAGGCUGAGGUCUGUGAUGGCAAGUCGCAGUGCCGGGACCAGUCUGAUGAACUGGACUGCUGGAAACCAACCAAGAGCUGCGAGCAUCGAUGCGCCGACGGCAAGCGCUGCAUCCCAAAGACAUUCCUGUGUGACGGAGAGAGAGACUGCCUGGAUGGCACGGAUGAGGUGGGCUGCAACCCGGUUACUGUGGCAACAACAGAGUCUCCUAUUCCCCCUCCCGCACCGACUUGCAUCACUCCAUCAAUUCUCUGUCCAGGUUCAUCACUGUGUAUCUCUCAAAAUCAGCUGUGUGAUGGACAAAGAGACUGUCCUGAUGGAUUUGAUGAGAAUACAUGUGUGGUCCAAUGCAAAAAUCCAGGUGACUUCUUAUGCAGCGACCGGAGGAUGUGCAUCCCCAAGAAGGAAGUAUGUGACGGCCGUGCCCACUGUCCCGACGGCUCAGAUGAGAAGCAGUGUCAGUCAGCAGAUCGAACUGCUCCCACUUCCAACGAUGUGCCCAGUGCCAGAGCUGCCCCACUAAGGUGCCGCAAAGGUUUCAAGCCAUGUAAAGACGGCCUGGAGUGUGUUAUGUACAGCCACGUGUGUGAUGGAGAGAGGGACUGCUCAGAUGGAUCAGACGAAGAGGGAUGUGCUGCUAAAUGCAAAGCAGAUGAGUUCCAGUGUGCUCACGGGAAUAGAUGCAUCCCACCAGUGAAGGUGUGUGACGGGGAGUACGACUGUCAGGACCGAUCCGAUGAACUGGACUGUUCGAAACAGAUGGAGGGCUGCCAUCAUCGCUGCGAUAACAACACUCGCUGUAUACCAGACACCUUCUUGUGUGAUGGCGAGAGAGACUGUGCCGAUGGGUCAGAUGAAUCACAGUGUGGUUUGGUGCCUUGUGCCAUUAACCAGUAUCGCUGUAUGAGCGGUCAGUGUGUGUCUGAGGCUCUGAGAUGUGACGGAUAUGCUGACUGCGGUGACCACUCUGAUGAGACGCAUUGCACAAGACCCCCGCGCUGCCCGUCACAGCUCCAGUGUCCGCACAGCCAUGAAUGCCUUCAGAGAGAGUGGCUGUGUGAUGGCGAAGAAGACUGCAAAGACGGGUCAGACGAGAAGAACUGCGCGUCAUCACCGGCAAAGUGCAGGGAAUACCAGUGGCAGUGUGGAGACAGCAGUCAGUGCAUCCCUCUGUCAUGGAGGUGUGACGGGAAGAAGGACUGCCAAAAUGGUGUGGACGAGGACAAAUGCGGCCAGAGAAAAUGCCCCUCUCACCUUUACCACUGUGGUAGCGGUGAGUGUCUGGACCCCCGCCUGGUGUGCAACAGCUUCACCAACUGUGCUGACAGUUCAGAUGAGGGCGCAGGAUGCGCUCGACGAAACUGCUCCAGCCCAUCAGCUCCCCGGUGUGACCACCACUGUGUCAGCACCCCAAAUGGACCGAGGUGUUACUGUGCUGCAGGUUUUAAACUACAGUCCAGUGCUUUGUCCUGUGUGGACAUUGACGAGUGCAAUGAAGUGCCUCAUGCUGUAUGCAAACACACCUGCCUGAAUACCCGUGGGUCCUACGUCUGUAAUUGCCUCCCUGGCUUCUACCUGGAGCCUGACAACAAAAGCUGCAAGACCAAAGACGAGCCUUUGCUUCUGGCAUCAGUGCAGUCAGAGCUGUUACUACUGGGAGUCCACAGCAGCACCUUGCGUCUUCUGUCCUCUGCCAAUCGGCCAGUCUUUUCACUCGAUUAUCACUGGGCUCAACAGAGAGUUUACUGGCUGAGCCCUGACUACCAGAGCAUCCGCUGGGCUGACAUGAAAGACUCCAACAGCAAAGGGACACUCAUCAAAGGAGUGAAAUCGGAUUUCAUCGCAGUGGACUGGGUUGGUAAGAACCUGUACUGGGUGGAUGGACUGGUGGGCCAGAUUCUGGCUGUGAAGCUCAGCGAUUCCGCAGUGAGAUCUCAGGACUACACUGUGGUCCUGGGGGAAGAUCUGGAGCAGCCAAGCUCAUUGGUCCUGCUGCCACACACAGGGAUGAUGCUUUGGUCUGAGAUCGGCAGCACCCCUCAGAUCGAGCGGUCCGGGAUGGACGGUUCAAAAAGGAAGGUGGUGGUGAGCCGAGGCUUGAGCUGGCCAGUCAGUCUGGCAUAUGACCUCCUGGACAACAGGGUGUACUGGGCAGAUGAGAAGCUGCGCUGCAUCGGUUCGGCCUCUCUGGAUGGAGAAAACGUCAAGAUCCUCCAGUUGGUCGAAACACCGAGCCCUUUCUCUGUGGCUGUCUUCAGUGACAGAGUCUUCUGGUCUGACACGAAAAGAAGAACCAUCCGCUCAGCUGACAAGAACACCGGCAAAGAUCAAAAGGUUCUUCUGAAGAGACCAGGGCAGCCAUUUGGACUGAAACUGAUGCACACCCUGUCCCAGCCAGCCAUAUCCAGCCCCUGUGACCAGCUACACUGCUCCCACCUCUGCCUCCUGGCCCCGACGACGAGAGGCAAGUCUGGAGCACUGGGGUCACCAGGAAAUCCAGCGGAGCCGGGGCCUACGGCAGUGUGUCGAUGCCCAAAGGGGCUGCUGCUUUCCAAGGACAAGAUUACCUGCUCUCCGCCUGUGGAUUCAACGUUCAUCCUGCUUUUGUCUCAUACCACAGUCUAUCAGAUUCACCUACACUCUAUGCAUCGUGAUGGUGUGGCUCUGAAAAGAAUGCCAAAUGGCAGAGAUUUGGCCCUGCCUGGUGUAACUAAGGCCUUGGGACUGGACGUGUCCAUCCAGGAGCUUUCUCUGUAUGUGGCUGAUGCAGGAAAAGGAUCUGUUGAUGUGCUGACACUGAGCAAGCCUGGGUCGGGACAGGGAUUGACGCCCUCUGGACAGAUCCUAAAGCUGGGGGAUGAUCUAAUCACGGCUCUGGCAGUUGACUGGGUGACCUCCAACCUCUACUGGAGCAGCACCGAGAGGCCUGAUCUCCACGUGACCUCCCGAAAUGAUGGCUACACAAUCUCACAGCUGCAGGGAUCACUGACGGGCACCACAUCCAUUGCACUUCAUCCCCCCUCGGGACGGCUUUGCUACACAGCAAUAGGUGCAGCAGGUGGGAAGAGCCAGACAGAGGUGGACUGCGCCUGGAUGGACGGCCGUAACAAAGUAGUGCUGUGGAGGAAGUCGAGCAUCCCCAACUCACUGGUCUUUUCCAAUCAAGGAACUAUGAUCUACUGGGCUGAUACAGGUGAAGGUGUAAUCAGCUCUAUUGGAGUGGAUGGAACAGGAUACAAACAGUACAAAACAGGGCCAGGCCUGCUCCUCUCCUUCACACAUACUGAGAACAUCCUCCUCUGGGUCACCCUGGAUAAAGAUGUAACCAAACUGUGGUUCAGUGACGGCCUCCAGCCUAACCAACUGUGGUUCGAGACAAAGAUCAGCGUGGUGGAAGUCAAAGCCUACAGCAACGACACUCAGUCUGGAACUAACAGCUGCUCCAACAAAAAUGGUGGAUGUGGCCAACUGUGCCUGCCCUAUCCUGGAGGUCGCACAUGUAAAUGUGGCCGGGGCUUCUACACUGCCGGCGCCACUUCCUGUUCCCCACUUCCCGACUGCCCCACUGGGGAAGAAUCCUGCUUUGAUGGUAGCAAGUGUAUCAGCAGCAGCAAGUUCUGUGACGGACACGUGGACUGUCCGGACCAGUCAGAUGAACAGGACUGUCCAAACACAAACUCUGUGUCUUUCGGGACCAAGUCCAGUGAUGGCCGCCCAAACGCCCAGAAGAACUCUGUUCUUUCAGUUAAAAGAGGCUCCUGUGAUCUUCAGCACUGCAACAAUCAUGGCAACUGCAUCAUAGAAGGCAAAGUGACUCGCUGCCAGUGUAUGGCUGGUUACAAGGGAGAGUUCUGUCAAGAGACAGAAACUGGAAAGAGUCAUGUGGGUGUGAUCCUGGGUGUCCUCUGCCUCCUCGCUGCAUUGGUGGCUGCUGGUUUUGUUUUUGUCAGAAGGCGAGGCUGGGAGUCGCUCAGAAACAGAUCCACGGAGAAAGAAAUUCUGAUGGCCAACAUGGGUCUGCCAUGUGAACACUACUCAGACUCUGAGGAGCUGGAUUCCCCGGUAGAUGUGAAGAAGCCAUCGCUGAUGUUUAAGUCACUGCAGCUUCAGGAAAACUCUGAAGGCAGCAGACAUGGCGAGUAAUGUCUGAGGAUACAUUUCUGUGGUGCUUAAUGUAAAUAUGCUGAUGGACACUGUCUUUUGAUGAAAUAAAAGUGAGAAGGGAUGAA